AUGUUUGUCCAAACGUGUUGCUACGUCAUCACUAGCGAAUGCGACAUCAGACGUGAGAAAUACUUCUUUUCGCGUGUCUGUUUAAAACGUUCUCAAAAUUAUUUGAAGCGAGGGCUGAGGCUAGAAGAGAGGAACGUUCUCCAGAGAACUAAGAUCUUACCAACCGUUUUCAAUUCAUGUUUUGCAUUUCUGGUGGAACAUCAGUUCAUCAGAUACGAGCACAGCUCUCGUAUCACUAACAGAAAACUGUUCUGUUUUUCCAAGUUCGUAGUGAAGAAGAAAUGA